UCCCGGCGGUUGCCACGACGACGAAGCUGCCGGCCAAUGGCUGGCGGACGGGCCUGAGCUUCCCGGCGUGCAGCGCGGCGGGCUGAGGGCGGCGGGCUCAUGGCGCCGGGGUCGCGGCUGCUCGCGCUCUGGGCGCUGGCGGCUCUGGUUCUACCCAGCUCGGGGGAGGAGGGCGACGGCGGGUGGCGCCGGGGCGGGCCGGGGGCUGUGGCGGAGGAGGAGCGCUGCGAGGUGGAGCGCCGCGCCGACCUCACCUACGCCGACUUCCUGCAGCACUACGCGUUCGUCCGGCCCGUCAUCCUGCAGGGACUCACGGACAACUCGAGGUUCCGGGCCCUGUGCUCCCGCGAAAGGUUGCUGGCGUCGUUUGGAGACAGAGUGGUCCGGCUGAGCACCGCCAACACCUACUCCUACCGGAAAGGUGAGCUGCCCCACCCCGGGGCCCGCCUGCUUGCCACACCGGGACGGCUGCAGCAGCCGGUCCUGACCCGUCCCUUCCCUGCAGUGGACCUGCCCUUCCAGGAGUAUGUGGAGCAGCUGCUGCACCCCCAGGACCCCGGCUCCCUAGGCAAUGACACCCUGUACUUUUUUGGGGACAACAACUUCACUGAAUGGGCCUCGCUUUUUCGGCACUACUCCCCACCCCCAUUUGGUCUGCCGGGUACCGCUCCAGCUUACAGCUUUGGAAUCGCAGGAGCCGGCUCGGGGGUGCCCUUCCACUGGCACGGGCCUGGGUACUCAGAGGUGAUCUACGGCCGCAAGCGCUGGUUCCUCUACCCACCUGAGAAGACGCCAGAAUUCCACCCCAACAAGACCACGCUGGCCUGGCUCCGGGACACAUACCCAGCCCUGCCACCGUCUGCCCGGCCCCUGGAGUGCACCAUCCGGGCUGGUGAGGUGCUGUACUUCCCUGACCGCUGGUGGCAUGCCACGCUCAAUCUUGACACCAGCGUCUUCAUCUCCACCUUCCUCGGCUAACUGGAGCAGCCAGCAGGCAUUCCUGGCACACAGAGUACUCCCUCACCUUGUGCUCACGGAUUUUAUUACACAGACAGUGGCCACAGGGACCUCAGCCCAGCCCACCCUCACCUGCUUUUCCAGCCCAGAAGGGGGGACGGGGAGGAUCACGGCCCAGCAAGAGCUGUGCUGAGAAGGGAACAGUCCAGAGCCCAACAGCAGAACUUGGGGGGAGGGGAACAGGGUGGCCAGGGACACAAACUAUGUACAGGGGCUGGGGCCUCUGCCCUCCUGGGCCAGGACACUGGGCAGGGCGGGGAGCCUCAGUAGUCCUCUACCCAGCCGUUCUCAGAGAUGAAUGCGUCAAUGACCUCCUUCAUAGCCA